UUAUGUCAUUAAAGAGCCCGCCAAACCAAAAUCAAGGUCCCAAAAAGCAAAAGCUUCAGCCAUUACAGAUUUACAGCAGUAGUAUACUUGAACACAUCAAAAGAAAGAAAAAAAAACACAGAGAAACCAUUAGAAGAAGAAGAAAGAGUGAGAUGAAUGGAUAGAAUACCAGUAGGAAACGAUUUGGCAUUUCGGGUCGGGCUUACGGGCCACAGCGGCCAUCUUUAUAUCGAGCCGCUUCCUCCUGUUGAGGCCCAUAAUCCUCUUCGCGACCUACCUGAUUUCGUUCUUCCACCUGCCUUUCCUGAGGAAACAAGCGAAUCUAUCAAGGAAUUUAUAGAGGAAAAGUAUUUAACACCGCGAUUGGACCCUGAUGAGUUUUCUCCUGAAAAAGCUGGAAGGGACUGGGAUUUUGACUGGUUCAGUAAGGCCAAAAUACCCGUGGAGCCAUCAUUACCUCGGACAGCUGUGUUUCCUGAAUGGGAGCUACCAUUUAGGCGCUCAAAGCAAGGAAAAUGGGAGCCUCGAUCAGUGCAGCUGGAGAUAUCAGAACUGAUUGCAGGAGCAGAGGACUCUGGUGCUUUCCCACGAAUUACAGGACCUGCAAAGGACUUUGUGAGAGGGAGCAUUAACAGUCGCCCUUUUCAUCCAGGUGGGAUAGAGGGAUCUCAAUCUUUGCCAAGGGUUGUACCUGAUGGUGCUUUGAAUGGUGAUUGGAUACGUGAGGUUCUUGAGGGUGGUCCGGCUGAGAAAGUUCCUCCAAGCUUUAAGCAAGGAAUGGAUCUGGGCAAUCUCAAGGCAUAUCCUUCUUCAUGGAAUGUGACUAAGUGCCAAGUUACUCCGAAGGCUGUAUCAGAUGAGAAGCAGAGUACACUGUCUCUGCAGUUUGAUGACUUGUUCAAGAAAGCAUGGGAAGAUGAUAUUGCUGAAAACGAUGUAUCUGAUGGUCAUGAAUCAGAAGCUGAUAACAAUGAAUCAGAAAUACAAGUCACUGAAGUUGAAGUCGAAGGUGAUAUUCCAGAUGUUGAACUAUCGGAAUUAGAUAAAAUUUUGUCAGUGGACUCUGCAGCAUUGGAUUUAAAGGCGGACGUAAAGCACGAAGAAGGUGACAAACAGCGUAAAGAGUCUUGGGCUAUUCGUGAAAGCAACGAUGGUAUCGCAGAUCGUUUUCAUGAACUUGUUCCUGAUAUGGCUCUCGAGUUUCCAUUCGAACUAGAUAGGUUCCAGAAGGAGGCUAUCUACUAUCUUGAACGAGGGGAUACGGUUUUUGUGGCAGCUCAUACAUCAGCUGGAAAGACAGUCGUUGCAGAGUAUGCAUUUGCAUUGGCGUCAAAGCAUUGUACUAGAGCCGUGUACACAGCUCCAAUUAAGACAAUCAGCAAUCAGAAAUACAGAGAUUUCUGUGGGAAAUUUGAUGUAGGUCUUCUUACUGGUGAUAUCAGCUUGAGGCCAGAGGCCUCCUGUCUCAUCAUGACUACUGAAAUAUUGAGGUCAAUGUUGUACAGAGGUGCUGAUAUAAUCCGGGACAUAGAAUGGGUCAUAUUUGAUGAAGUGCAUUAUGUCAAUGAUGCCGAAAGAGGUGUUGUCUGGGAAGAAGUUAUAAUAAUGCUUCCACGGCACAUUAAUUUUGUCCUCCUCUCUGCCACAGUUCCAAAUACAAUAGAAUUUGCCGACUGGAUUGGCAGAACAAAGCAGAAGACCAUCCGUGUUACUGGGACCUCAAAGAGACCAGUCCCGUUGGAGCACUGCCUGUUUUACUCCGGAGAACUUUACAGAAUUUGUGAGAACGACACUUUUCUAACUCAAGGUCUAAAAGCGGCCAAAGAUGCACACAAGAAAAAGAAUUCGAAUACAGCCAGAAGUGGCUCUGUAAUGCAUUCAGGUCCUGCAGCAGGUUCUGGUGGAGCGAAUGCUCAGAAUCGUGAUAAUUCUUCCCGUGGGAGACAAAAGCAUUCUGGGUCGCGCAAUACGGGGAGCUUCUAUGAGACAGGUUCAGGGAACUUUACUAGUGGAAGCCAGACCCAUUUGGGCAUGAGAAGAUCAGAUGCUUCUUUAUGGUUGCAACUUGUCACCAAACUUUCAAAAAAUUCACUUUUACCAGUUAUCAUAUUUUGCUUUUCAAAGAACCGUUGUGAUAGGUCGGCUGAUAGUAUGACAAGUAUUGACCUCACAAGUAGUUCAGAAAAAAGUGAAAUCCGUGUUUUCUGUGACAAAGCUUUUUCACGGCUGAAGGGGUCUGACAGAAACCUGCCUCAGAUUCUCAGAGUUCAAAGUCUUCUUCUUAGAGGAAUCGGUAUCCAUCAUGCUGGGCUUCUCCCGAUUGUGAAAGAAGUUAUUGAAAUGCUUUUUUGCCGUGGUGUAAUCAAGGUUUUAUUUUCAACCGAGACAUUUGCUAUGGGUGUUAACGCUCCUGCCAGAACGGUGGUUUUUGAUACUCUAAGAAAGUUUGAUGGAAAAGAAUAUAGACAGAUAAUUCCGGGUGAAUAUACGCAAAUGGCUGGCCGGGCAGGCAGAAGAGGGCUCGAUAAAUUUGGAACUGUUAUCAUAAUGUGUCGUGAUGAUAUUCUGGAAGAAAGAGAUUUGAAACAUGUCAUUGUUGGACAUCCCACCAGACUUGAAUCUCAGUUCCGACUAACUUUUAUUAUGAUUUUGCAUCUACUCCGUGUUGAAGAAUUGAAGGUAGAAGACAUGUUAAAGAGAAGCUUUGCUGAAUUUCAUGCUCAGAAAAAACUUCCUGAAAAACAACAACUUCUGAUGCUAAAGCUUGCACAGCCCACAAAAACAAUUGAAUGCAUAAAAGGUGAACCAGCUAUUGAGGAAUAUUAUGAAAUGUAUGCGGAGGCUGAAAUGUAUCUGAACCAGAUAACGGAGGGUGUCAUGCAGUCUCAUGUCGCAAAUCAAUUUCUUGUGCCUGGAAGAGUGGUGGUUGUUAAAUCUCAAACGUCUCAGGACCAUUUACUUGGGGUGGUGGUGAAAGCACCUUCAGCCAGCAUUAAGAAGUACAUUAUUUUGGUGCUGAAACCUGAUUUGCCUCCAAUAAUGCAAUCAUCCUCUGGUAGUGGUGCAACCCUUGAGAAAGGAAGUAGCAAAUCUGAUGAAGGUUUUUUUGUGUUGCCUAAGUCAAAACGUGCCUUGGAUGAUGAAUAUUAUUCUGCUGCCACUUCUCGCAAAGGAUCUGGUGUAAUCAACAUUACAUUGCCUUACCAGGGGGUGGCUGCUGGUGUGACUUAUGAAGUUAGAGAAGUGGACAAUAAAGAGUUUCUUUGCAUCUGCAAUUGCAAAAUAAAGAUUGACCAAGUUCGCCUUCUUGAAGACGUUAGUGCUGCUGCCUAUUCAAAAACUGUUCAGCAGCUUUCUGAUCUGAAAUCCAGUGGGAGUAAAUAUCCUCCAGCGUUAGAUCCUUUGAAGGAUCUGAAGCUGAAAGAUGUGGAUCUUGUUCAAGCGUACUACAAAUGGAACAAGCUAUUACAGAAAAUGGUUGCGAACAAGUGCCAUGGAUGUAUAAAAUUGGAUGAGCAUAUGAAGUUAGUUAAGGAUAUUUUCAAGCACAGAGAGGAAGUCAAUGAGUUGAAGUUUCAAAUGUCUGACAAAGCACUUCAACAAAUGCCUGACUUUCAGGGUCGGAUAGAUGUUCUCAAGGCUAUUGGUUGUAUAGAUGAUGACCUUGUAGUUCAGAUCAAAGGCCGUGUUGCUUGUGAAAUGAACUCUGGAGAGGAACUUAUAUGCACCGAGUGUUUGUUGGAGAAUCAGUUAGAGGACCUGGAACCAGAAGAAGCAGUUGCCGUAAUGUCAGCAUUUGUUUUUCAGCAGAAGAAUACUUCUGAGCCUUCAUUAACACCCAAGCUAUCUGCUGCAGUACAAAAAUUAUAUGAUACUGCUAUCAGACUAGGGGAAUUACAGGCAAACUUUCAACUCCCAGUAAGCCCUGAGGAGUAUGCUCGAGAAAAUCUCAAGUUUGGUCUUGUUGAAGUGGUUUAUGAAUGGGCAAAGGGCACAGAGUUUGCUGAUAUAUGUGAGCUAACCGAUGUUCCUGAGGGGUUGAUAGUGAGGACCAUUGUCCGACUUGAUGAAACAUGUCGAGAAUUCAGAAAUGCUGCGGCUAUUAUGGGAAACUCUGCUUUGUACAAAAAAAUGGAAGCUGCUUCGAACGCUAUAAAGCGAGACAUCGUCUUUGCAGCUAGCUUGUACAUCACAGGAGUUUAGCUAUGUCAUGUCACACUGGUAUGAUCUACUGACGUAUCUAAUUGACAUGUAUAGGAAGAAGUUGCUCUCUUGUUGAGUGUUUAUGCCAAAUUCUGAUCAGGCAGAACUUAGCUGAGGAUCUACAGCUAAUGGAGAUGCAAUAACAAGGGAUGCUAGCUACGAAAUUAAAAGAUGAUGCAAAGAGAAAACAGAGACACCAAGAAAUGGUGACGCGGAAAAUCCCAAGAGGAGGGUAAAAACCGCGGGUGGAAUUGAGUCCACCAAUCCACUAUGUAGGAAGAUUACAACUUAUAGCUAGCAGCUAGCAGCUUGUAGCUUAUACUAAAUACACUUGUUGAUAUUUGUGAAAGUAAAUGGAAGUGUUCUAAUGUAAGCAAUGUUUAUGAACUGCCUUUCCCCCAAUACUUCUACUCCUAUUUAUAUCCAUACAUUUAUUGUAA